AUCACUACAGGAGCAUACAACAAUAGUGAUAAAGUUCAUACAAUACAUGAAUUUUUUCCAGUUGUGCCCCCAGGUUAUAAAAUUAUAGAAGUGCCAUCACAAGUGAUUUAUUUACCAGUUUCUGUAAGAACAAUAACUGAACUACAGCUACGAAUUGUUGAUCAAAACGGUGGUUUGGUGAAUUUCAGGGGUGAGACAAUCACUAUCAGGCUACAUAUCAAGCCUGUUACAUAAUCAUGGGCAUUGUAUACAAUCGAAAGAUUGGCUAUUCCUAUAAAAAUAACCAGUCAUGUCCCUCUUCAAUCAGUUCGCGUGUUGGCUUCAAGGUGUUAACACCUCAGAACGUCAAAUUUCUCCAGAGUCUCGGCCUCGUCGUGAAAAAAAGUGGAAAAGGGGUUUUUGCCAAAUAAAAAUAUUUUUCUCUUGUUGGAUACCAUGGAAGAAAGUCUGAAUAUAAAAAUUCCACCAGUGUUUGAGGAGUCCAUCGCCCAUUAUGAGAUCCAUGCACAUCAGCCAUAUGCUUCCACAGGGCUUGAUAAUAGUGAUGAGAUUCGUAUCACUGUGCAAAAUCAAGAUCUCUGCAUUUUACCAAGCAAAAGUCAUUUACAUAUCACUGGUAAAUUGCUGAAAGCUGAUAACACUAAAGCGACUUUGACGACUCUCGUAAAUAAUGCCAUAUGUCAUCUAUUUCAAGAGAUCCGCUAUGAAAUUAACGCUAUUGAAAUUGAUAAAGUCAAGAAUGUGGGCAUCACUACACUCAUGAAAAAUCUUAUCUCAUUGACACCGAAUCAAAACAAUUCUAUGGAAAAUGCUGGAUGGUUAGGUGUGCAAGAGGAAUUGAGUUUAGUUGAUGAUGGAGGUCGCUUCGAUGUAUCUGUCCCACUGAGUAUGCUAUUGGGGUUUGCUGAAGAUUAUCGGAAGAUUAUGAUUAAUGUCAAACAUGAGCUUGUUUUGAUCAGAGCUCAUAGAGAUAAUAAUGCGAUAGUUCAAUUAGACAAAGAAGAUGUAAAAGUCACCUUGAGUAAAAUCGAGUGGUUAAUCCCAUAUGUAACAUUAUCGGAUACUAAAAAAAUUCAAUUGCUUAAUUUCAUCCAAAAAGAUCCGCCCAUACCGAUAAGCUUCAGAUCAUGGGAGUUGUAUGAGUAUCCAAUGCUCCCCCAGACGACAAAACAUGUGUGGACGUGGCGAAAUCUCCGUCAACGUGGAACUUUGGGAAGGACCAAGAUGUUGAAGGAAAAGAAAUUAUCUGAGGCCGAAAAAUUUGAAAAACAAAAAGAGGAUGAAAUUUUACAAGAAAUAAAGACAACACUAAAGUUCAUAAUGGGAAUGCCACUGUUGCCACUUCAGUUGAAAGCAGAUCAGGAAUUGCUGAAGAGAAUUAUGAGAGACAGGAGUAACAAGGCUAAAAAGAAACCGGGUCCUUAUCUGGGUUAUUUCAAGAAGAAUUGA